GCAAACAUCGUAAUCCUUCAGAAGAAGUAUGUCAAGAUUUCUUACGCGGAAUAUGCAAACGUGGUACAUCAUGUCGAUAUCUUCACUCAAUUAAAAAAUCCAUAGUUUGUAAACAUUGGUUACGCGGUCUUUGUAUGUUAGAAGAUCAAUGCGAAUAUUUACAUGAAUAUAAUUUACAAAAGUUACCAAAAUGUGUUAAUUAUGUUGUAUUCGGUGCGUGUUUGAGUCCAAAUUGUGUUUUCGCGCAUGGUGAUUAUAAUAUCGAGAUUUGUGAGGACUUUGAGCGUGGACUUUGCGUAAAAGGACCUAAUUGUAAAAAAAAACAUGUGAAAAAAGCGGCAUGCGCAUCGUUUAUUGCCGGAAAUUGUCCGAGGGGUGUGGCAUGUUCUGAAUUUCAUCCAAAGCUUGAACUACCCGAUAAUCAAAUUUUACUUGAAAUUCCGGAUCAAAAGUUUGGUGUCGCUUACGCACAAGGUCAACAACGUUGGUCGUCUCGAUCGUAUCAUGCUCGACGACAUAAUUUAGAAAUAAUAUGUUUUCGGUGCGGAAAAAAAGGACAUAAAGCCUAUAAUUGUCGAUAUUUAGAGAAAUCAUUUUCGAAAGGAAAUGAAAUUAGCACAAAGUAA